ACAGCAACUCAGUGCAUGCUGCGCAAUCACUAUGUAGCCACUCUUCAGAUAGACUUGGGGUUGUUUUCUUGGCCUUCUUGCCAAGCUGCCUCACUAUUCCUUGAAAUACAUUCGUCGCGCAGCAUUUCCCGGUUAAACACGCCUCCGUCCUCAGCAGCGAGCCAAGCAGCAGCUCCGCUAGAGCUGAGCGCUCCGGGCGAAAGGGCAGAAAACGGCACUUUUAAUGAAAAACAAACCCUGAUCUCUGAUGUGUGCAGGAAAAGCACCGAGGGAUCCAUCGCUCUGACUAAAAUUCCUCAGGUGGUCUCAAAUGGAUUGAAUUUAAUCCAUAGAAAUAUGGAGGGAAUAGGAAACCAAGGAAGACGUACAUUCACCUUCCUGCUCCUCAUGCUGAUGAGCAGUGGUGUGUUGACGAUAGAGAAGCUAUGUGAGCCCUGGUACUAUGAAACGGAUGGAAUAUGUUGCAACAAAUGCCAUGCUGGUUUUAAACUGGUAGAAAAAUGCACUAGCAAUAAAAUAAGUCUCUGCACGCCUUGUAGUGAUGGUGAAUUCUCAGACCAGAUAAACUUCAGUCCUACCUGCAGAAGAUGCAGGAGGUGCAAAGAUCCAAAGAAUGAAUAUGAGGUAUCACCAUGUCAAAAAGAUAGAAACACUAAGUGUCAAUGCAAACCAGGCUACUAUAAACAUAACAUCGAUUCAGAAACAUACGACUGUGUGGAGUGUAAAAAAUGUGGACCUAAUGAGAUCGAAAAACAGCCAUGUACACCUGAAACAGACACUGUGUGUGUUUGCAAGGAGAACUAUUUCAGAGAGAAGGGCAAGUGUGAGCCCUGCACCGGUUGUACUCUGAAUUGCGCACAACACUGUACGACUCCUGCUCAGACAAAAGUUCCUACCCAUCAUCAUCCACAGUUUAUGAAUAUGACCAUCGGAUUUACAGUUCUGGUUGUUUUGCUGGUUUUGGGGAUUUUAAUCACCUUCAUAGCCACAAAGCGGUCAUUCAAUAAGAAGAUGAUGAGUCUGUCCUCCAAAUCCUCUGUCCCGCAAACGGAGCAAAGCAAGGAUUUCCUGGUGAGUAUUAAUGAGCCUUCAGUGGAAACCAGCCUGAAGGACUCUGCCGAAACCUCUUUUGGUGAGCAGGAGUUAUCCAAGCUGCCUGACUGUGUCCCGAUGAUCCCCGACUUCAUCUACUCGGUACUGGAUCUGGUUCCCUUGCAGCAGAUGAAGCAGCUGGUUCGCUCUCUCGGUGUAACGGACACAGAGAUCGAGCAAGCAGAGAUGGAUAACAGGUACUGCCGGGAGGCUCACUACCAGAUGCUGCGGGUCUGGGCCCAGAGGGCGCCGCGGACAGUCGGAGGGGGAAAGGGUGAAACUGUACACCGGCAGGUUUUGGAGGAGCUCUUAAGCAAACUGAGACAGCUUCACCUGAGCCAAGCAGCCGAGGAACUGGAGACAAAGUAUGCCAUUCAGUGAUCCCCGCCAACCUGGAUUAAAAAAAAAAGCUUACAGAACCAAGUAUUGUUCACCUAGAGACCCUGCAGAGGGUGGAUUAAAGUGGACACGGUGCUAAAACCAAAGCAGCAGUUUUAUUUCACCAGCAAGACUGAGAGUUUCCCCUCGGAUCCUGCACACCUUUCACUAUGCCAGCAAAGAAUCAAACGGGACUCAAGCAAGUGGACCAAACAAAUGCAGCUUUAUCGAGAACUGUUUUUUUAAUAUGAAUGUUUUUAUAUUUACUCAGUUUUAUAUUUACUCAGAUGCAGAUGAGAAGUGCAACACAGAUUUCCUUCAACAGUUGUGAAGAUUUAAAGUACUUACUGUGACAAAAAGCUGGGAAACAUCUGACUUCGCUCAGUUAAAACUAACAUGAUCCUCCAUUUAUAUCUGAGGUUAAAAUUCAGAUUUUAUGUCCUGAUAAUCCAGAAUCUGGCUGCAAGUUCAAGAUGAUUUAUUUCCGAGCAUGUUAUGCAUUCAACUUGAAGAAAAGUUGAACCAACACAGGUUCAAGUAAACAAAAAAGUAAAACAUCUGACUUUAAAUCAGAAAAAAAACCAAACAGAUUUGUGGUUUUCUUGGCUUGCGGAAAGAUUUUUUUGAAGGCUUGAAAACUGUGGUUAUCUUCUCAUCUACUGACUUACUUUUGCCACCGUAGAACAAAAUAAAAAAAUACUAUUUUCAUUUAACAUUUUAAGCUUUAGAAACUCCUUGUGUUUUUUUAAUGGAAGGAAAACAUUGCCAUUAAGUUUUGUUUUGAACUGAAAACGUUUCCAUAAUCAUUUUUGAGUUACCUUAAAAAUCUGAAAGUUUAACAGGUUUUAUUGCGUUAAUGCAGGAGAGAGUUGGCAGAGAAAACUGAUAAUCGACACUUUGGUGGUAGAGUGAUGUUAUGUUUGAGAUUUCAUUUAAAGUGACCAGUUUUUGAUGAUUUGAGGAUUUAAAUGGGUCCAAUUCUGACUUUAUGUUAGUUUUGCACCUAACUUUUCGAAAGACUGUCGUUCCUGUACAUGUUGUGCAGUUAAACGAUUCAGCCAACUAACCUGAAGUAGACACAGGAAAUUGCCACAAAAUAUUGUUUAAUAAAGACUUUUGUUUAAAAAAAGUUAGCGAACAAAACUUGUACUUUUAGAUUUUAUUUAGAGAUGCACCAAUCAGGCUUUUUCUGGUUCACGGUCUGAUUCAGAUCCUUUUUUUUUUCUAAAAAUUAAGACUCAUAAAAGAGAAAAAAAUCUGCAGAAGAUGCUUUGCUAAAUGGUUUAGUUUUGAAACCAAAAGAAAAUAAUCCCAUUUCUCGAUUAUCUUUUAUAUUUAUGCUUCAAAGUUAAUGAUGCAUUCAAAGACUGAAAAGUGUUGGAGUUUUUCGUCGGGAUGCUUUUGAUGAAUAGGAAAUGUUUGAUUAGAACCAAUCAGGGAAAUAUUGGACAGUUUUGAUCUCAAGCUAUUGAUUGGUGCAUCUCUUACUUUAUUAUCAAACCUUUUGAUUGGUGCUUGUUCAGAAGUUAAACCAUCUUUUAUUUUAAAAAAUGGACUCAACUAAUUCUGCACUUGCUUUAUUGUGAUUAUAUUGUUGGUCUUUUCAUGCAAGAAUUUCACAGUAGAGAAGUUUUAUAUCUCUGAAAUAUAGAGAGCAUUUUUUACAAAGCUUUAUUAUUUUUGUUAUUAAGAGUUUAAUAGAUUGUAAUUGCUGUGUCAUUUCACUGAGGUCUGCUAAGCUACAUUUUUUUUAAAACUAUUACACAUUUUCACUGUUGUAAAUGAACUUAAACAUGCAGAUAAAAUGUGAUCUGGUUAGAUUAAAGCUUGUCAUAUUUCCAUAGCAGUUCCCUGUUGUGCAGGAGUAGAAAAAAAAAAAGAAGUCAGAUCUGCUUUGUUGGAAACAAUGAAGCCGGGGAAGUGUUUUGUUCCUCCUCAGCGCAGAACAACUCUGCUGUGUGUUGCAGGCUUUUCACCGCCUCAGUUGCAUUCCUCUGAGCCCCAAUCAUGCAAGCAUUAUCAGCGACACGCCUUGUCUCAAGUCUGUUUCAGUUUUUAUAUUCAUGCCAUCCUCGGGGACGAGCUCGGGACGGAAGAAGUGUAACUCUAAAAGCACUUUUAUGUUUCUUGACACUGUAUUACACGUUUGGGUUUUGAAUAAAGGUGUUGUGAAUUUUUGA